GGUAACGUCAAAGAGGCGCUGCAGAAGAAGCAGAGCCAGCCAUGUUCUGUAAGGAAGCCGCUCCCCCGUCUACUUACCGUCAAUAUGACGACGCAUUUAUUUUUUACUUUCCGUCUAAAUUGCAGUUCUUCUCUCGGGAAGUUUAAUAAAAAACGGGAGUUGUAGUGAGGAUGGGGCAAGAUUGUCAGAAAGACAUACGGAUAGGGACAAGAAAAGUGGAGAAAGAGUGUUAGACAGCAGGAGUCAGACAGAGAGGGUGUGUGGGUGUUGUAAGGCAUGGGGGUGUGUGCGAGAUGUUUAUUGAUAGAAUAAGAUUUAGGAUGUCAGAGAACACGAGAAAGAGAGACAGUCAUGAAGAGGAAACCUAUUUAACUGUUAGCAUCUUGUGGACCUGUUAAGAUCCACGAUGCAACCCGCUGAGACUGUCCCCUUGAAGAGCAAACAAUAAAAUCAGCGAGGUGGUGAGAAUAAAAACAAGAAGGUUCAGACAAGAUGGCUACAGUCUCUUCUGGCUCUGUAUUUUGUACCGGUGAACCCGUUUGUCAUUUCCCGGAGCGCCGGCUUUUGUUGCUGGGAGGGGCAGGAGCUGGCAAGAGCACCGCUGGCAACACCAUCCUAGGUGAGGAGGUCUUCCAGACCGGGACAGAGACCCUUGAGAGCUCCGUUGGCCAUGGGGAGGUCUGUGGGAGGCGGAUCACCGUGGUGGACACCCCAGGCUGGGGUACACCCCAAGAAUCACCGGGUGCUGGCCCUGGUCACCGGCCAGAGGGGGCUGGCAAGGAGGGACCCUGCGUCGGUGCCACCCUUUGUCCCCCAGGGCCCCACGCGCUUCUGCUGGUUAUCCCGGUGUUGCAGCCCUUCACCGAAGGCCACAGGAAGGAGGCCGAGGAGCAUCUGGGUCAACUAGGAGGAGGGGUCUGGAGGUCCACCGUGGUCCUGUUCACUGGGGUGGACCAGUUACCUGAGGGGACGUUUGUGGAGGAGUUCAUAGCCGCUACGGGGAAGCCCCUACUGGAGCUGAUGGAGAGGUGUGGCAACAGAUACCACGUCCUGAAUAGUGGACCACAGCAGAGUGGAGAUGAUGUGGUGAACACCCAGGUUCAGGAGCUGCUGGAGAAGGUGGAGGAGCUGGUAAAGGACAACCAUGGCUUGUAUUUUGCCGUGAACGAACUGAUUCUGAUGGAGGAGGGGCAAGCAAGAAAGGCGGUGGAGGAGAGGAGGCUGAGAGAGGAGCGGGAAGAGAAGGAGAGGCAGCGGCUUCGAAUGAUUGGAGGGCCUCCCAGAGAGCUCAGGGUCCUGUUGCUGGGCUGGAAAGGAGUUGGGAAGAGUUCAGUGGGAAACACUCUCCUGGGCCAUAGGGCCUUUGAGUCGGGGACAGAGACUCAGCAGAGCCUGAGGAGGCAGGCGGAGGUGGCCGGACGCCGGGUCACUGUCGUGGACACCCCCGGCUGGGACUGGUUCUCUCUCAGACGCACCCCGAAACACAUCCGACAGGAGUCAAAGCGUGGGGCCGCCCUUCUUCGUCCGGGCCCCCACACCCUCCUCCUGGUGCUGCCCAUCAUCUCCACCCUUACUGUCCGCAAGAGGCGGACCCUGGAGGCCCACCUGGAGGGUCUGUUUGGUGACAACGCGUGCCUCCACACCAUGGUGCUGUUCAGCUGCGGGGAUUGGCUGGGACGCCUGCCCGUCGAGGAGCACAUUCAGAGGGGAGGGCGGGAGCUCCACAGGUUGUUGGAAUACUGCGGGAACUAUUAUCACGUGAUGGACAGCAAGCGGCCGGGGAAGGACCCGGGCAACGUCUCAGAUCUUCUGGACAAAAUAGAGGAAAUGAUCAGAGAGAACGGCGAGGAGGCCUUCCUGCCCGUGUCCAUGGAAGAAGACAGCCCUGGGUCGUCUCAGGACAACACACCAGAAGAGGACUGUAGCCGAGGAUGCCACCUCCAGUAGCAGCAAAGGAGAUUAUGGAGUGCCCAGUGAGACAACGCUUGGCAUGGUCCACGCCAAAACCCUGCCCACUUCAAAGGGACUCAGUGUGGAACCUGUACUAGUAAACCGUUGGUUUCAGAAAGGGUCACUGUAUCUGGUUCUAAACAUUCUGUAAGAUAUAAACCUCAAGUAGAGUUUCGCCUUUGAGGGGGGGUGAGGCGGCUAAACACCUGGGACGGUCAUUGCAUGGGCUGUUGUCACGAGGAUGUGGUCUAGUCAUAUUGACAAACCUGUAAUGAAGAUGGGGUACAGUGUAAGUCCAGUAUGUAAACAAAUAUCAGUUGUACUUCAUUCAGGCUCUGGUUUUGUCACAUCUUGUCUACUAUGUAGCAGAAUGGUGCAGCGGAGCCAGGAGAGAACUAGCCAAGCCUCCACUGGCCUAAAGCAAAAGCUGCCAGCAUUGGCCAUAGUUUGCGAAUGUAAAACUAGACAUUACAGUACCUGCUUCUUUUCCAUAGUCUUUUUUUCAAUAUCAUUGCAAUAAAGACGCUACAUUUUCCACAUAAUCAAAUACCCCAUGCAUAGAUGACAUUAAUUAAGUCAACAGCAAAAUGUAAGUAUAUAAAAAACGUAUUACACAAUGAGGACUGUGAUGAUAGAUGUGCACACACAAACACACAGCCGUAAUCUACACAUCCGUUUUAGUAGUAUUUUUAAUGUGUGUGACUGUUCUGGUCUAUCAGUGUUUUUUUAAUUUGACAUGUUUUGCAUGGACCCCAGGAAGACCAGCUGUUACAACAAGAGCUCACUUGAUGAAUCCAAAUAAAUAAACCAAAACAUAUUAUCAAGGAAUGGAAAAUAAAGAACAAUAAACUUGCAUACUCCACACUCUAGCAUGCAGAGGUGAGCAACAUUUACAAUUACAAAAUACAAUCACCAAAUCACUUUGAAAAAUGCAAUGUAUCAAAAUAAAAUUCUAAAUAAGA